ACUGGUUUACUAAUAAAAUCCUAUCAUUUGGUACAAUAUCAUCGGCACAUAUGUCGACACCAAUUGACGCCAACAACUAAAACAACAACAAUUAGAAAAUCAUUGACAUUACGGCCAUUAACUGACUGGCAUUUUGGCAAACUGUUUGACACCAACAGUCGUUGUUGUCGUUUUCGAUGCGCCCAUCAGUUGUCGACAACAAUUGACCAGAUUGUCGACAAAUCCAUGUCACAGAUAGUGCAACUGUUAGUCCAACAGAUCAGUGGUACCGGUUGUGUUGUCUACAAUUAUGACGGUAUUGUGAUUAGCUGUGCUCAUGUAGUUGAAGACCAGCGCGACGCUAUGGUAUUGUUCGAUCUGAUUGGUUUUGGACAGGGAUGGCGAUGGGCACGGGUGCUCUAUGUCGAGCCGUAUAGCGAUCUGGCAAUUUUGCAGAUCACUUAUUGUAUUAGUUUAGGCGAUCAGCUGUCGAAUGAAUUAAAUAAUUUCGAUAUCUGUGCCGAAACUGUCGACUUUGGCGACAAUAUUGUCUGUUUAGGAUAUCCUGAUAUACACAGACUGUCAGUAACUACCGGUUAUAUAACUUGUCCGCAAUCUGUACUAUCCGAUGAAUUAAAUGUAUAUGCACUGAUGGCCAGUGGCCACAUUGAACACCGAAGCGGUGCAACCUAUGGUUAUUCUGGUGGACCAGUUAUCAAUGAAAACGGACAGUUGGUUGGCAUACAUCACAGUUUAUCCGAAUUGUUUAGACUACGAGCCACUCCAAGCACUAUAAUUUACGAGUGUAUGAAUAAUGGCAUUCAAUUCAUUAAUGAACAGCUGGCAAUCAAACUUAACGAUAAACAUGAUGUUAGUCGUAGGCAUACAUUUGAUGGCCAACCGUUUGGACGCCAACUGGGACUUGAAAUUUGUUGGUAUAAUUCAGCAAAUAUUAAGUACUAUAAAAAACAUAUCCUUUUGGAUGGACGCCGAUUGCGAUCAAGGCAUGUCUACCUGAAUGGAAACGGUAUAUUUGUUUAUCAAUUUUUCAACCAUACACAGGGAAAUAAAUUAUUAAAAGAUUUUGACGUAAUCAUCAAAAUCAAUGACAGACCAGUCGAGUCUAUUCAUGAUCUGAGUCGAGCACUGGUAAUGAUGGCCAGUAGUAGUGGUGGUGAUAGCAGUGGUAACACUAUCCGGUUGACUAUCAUUAGGAAAGGUAGAGAUACUAAAGAAAUCAGUAUAAGUGGCCAACAAGUGAUGAAUGGUUUUAGUUUUAUUUAAU